AUGGAGCAGCCGGAUCGAUUGCGGAGAUUUGGUCGAUCCUUUAGAGAGGGGGUGAGUUUUUGGAACUGGAACGGGAGAUGAUGACUAAAAAAAUUUUUUUUAAUUGGUCAGAGAUGUUCCCCAAGGUCAUAAAUUUGAAUUUCGUUUUUCUUGGCUGUCUAAAAAUUAUUUUUUCAAAAAUAAACACCGGAUUACUGUAAUUUUUAGGCCAAUUCUUUUCGCUCGAAUAUCUCAAAUUAUCGGACCGCCAAGAAAGUUUCUCGAUGGGUACAACUCACUCACAAAAUAUAUCACGAUUACGGUAUCAAACAUAUUCUUUUAAUCCUCGUCCUCAUCGUCUAUCAGUUCAUCGGGGCCGGAGUCUUUUAUUAUUGCGAGCAUUCCAACGAAGAGUCCAAGGAAAUUCAAUGGAAAUCCGAAUUAAACAAUAAUAGGAGUGUGAUUAUCAACACGAUCAUCAAGAGGAUGUUCAAUAAUACCGAGUACCUCUUUUUUCUUACUCAGAAUCAAUCGGAUGACUUGCAUAAAGAGCUAAAAGUGAUGUUCGAAAGAUAUGAAGACAGUCUGGGGGUGAAAUUCACCGACCAGAAGAUCAAGUGGGACUUCUGGACGGCCAUGUUGUAUGCGCAGGUAAGAUGUGUAAAUCUAAAACAAAAUUAUAUUACUCUAGAUGAUCUGCACCACAAUUGGCGGAGGAUUUGCGCAUUUGUAUCCAUCGACAGUCUCCGGAAGAGUCUGUACCAUGAUCUACGCUUUUUUUGGCAUCCCAUUGGUCCUCACUAUAUUGGAUGACCUCGGUAUGUCUUCAUUUUAUCUCCAAUUUUCUGUUUUUUAGGAAAGAUCCUCACAAAAUGUCUGAAAACCCCAUGGUGGUUGAUAAAAUGUGGUUGCCGUCGAAUGUUCCGUUACUGUACGAAACAGACGUUGGAAGAGAUCCGAAUAUUGGAUAUCGAGGAUAAAAAAGACCUGGACCUCUUUGAUCUACCAAUUCCGAUCGCCAUUUUAGUCGUGUUUGUUUGGAUUCUGAUCUGCUCGGCCACUUUCUGCAUCUGGGAAAAGGACUGGGACUAUUUUGUGGCCUUUUAUUUCUUCUUCAUCUCGCUGAGCACCAUUGGGUUGGGUGAUAUAUCUCCAUCACAGCCAAAAUAUCUUCUAAUGUUGUUUGUUUACAUUAUCAUUGGUUUGUCGUUGGUUUCAAUGUGCAUCAAUCUUAUUCAGGUAAGAGAAUGAGCAAACUUUGCAGAGAAUUGCGCAACUUUAAGAUCAAAUUCGAAAAGACCUAUCAACACGGAAAAGAUCACCUUUACAUCACUCAGGACUCACAACUUGGAUUGAAAAGAAGAAGGAGUACCUUGGGGGUGAUCAGAGGGACAACUUCAUCUCAUUCGCUGUCCAAAGAGUCGGUUCAACGAUAUCUCGGCCAAAGAACUCAUUUGAGUAAGAGCUCGCAGACAGUUUUGUCCUUCCCAUCUCCGAGACGGAACUCUUACGUAACGCAAAGUGUCUACAACUCAAAAGUGAGCUAUUACUCCAUUUGGGAGCGUUUCAUUUUGGGCAGAUCAAAUUUUUUUAUUUGAAAUCUGAUAGCACCGUAAAAUGACUGGUGUAAGGAUUGAGUUGGCCUGAAAUAUAGCAUUCCAAUGUGACCCAAAGAUUUCAUAAAUCGCUUAUCAAGGAGCUGGAUUGGCCUAAGAUUCUUAGCUAGAUGAUUCAGUUACAUAUCCAAGUGUUUGAAUUUGUCAUUUGCUAUAUUUCAGGCCAACUCAAUCCUUACACCAGUCAUUUUACGGUGCUAUCAGAUUUCAAAUAAAAAAAUUUGAUCUGAAUGCCUGACUGAACCCCCCAUGACUGAACCCCCCUGACUGAACCCCCCUGACUGAACCCCCCAAUGACUGGACCCCCUGACUGAACCCCUCACCCCUGUUCGAGGGAACCCCCCCUGACUGAACCCCCCAAAUUGAAUAAACCUUGGCGUUCUGCUAAAAUAUGGCCAAGUUGAAAAAAAUGUGGCCAAGUUGAAAAAAAUGUGGCCAAGUGGAAAAAAAUGUGGCCAAAUUGAAAAAAAUGUGGCCAAAUUGAAAAAAAUGUGGCCAAGUGGAAAAAAAUGUGGCCAAAUUGAAAAAGAUGUGGCCAAAUUGAAAAAAAUGUGGCCAAAUUGAAAAAAAUGUGGCCAAGUUGAAAAAAAUGUGGCCAAAUUUCAAAAAAUUUUAAUUUGGCCACAUUUUUUCACUUUGGCCAAAUUUUUUAUCUUGGCCAAACGCUUUUCCUGCUUGGCCACACUUUUUUCACGGUUGUAAAAUUUUUUUCCGAUCUGGCCAAAUCUUUUCAAUUUGGCCAUAUUUUUGCACCAUGGCCAUAAUUUAUUGGAUUUGGCUAGAUUAUUUCACUUUGGCCGUUCCCCCAUCGGGGGUGCCCGAAAUUUCGCUUUAGAGGGGGGUUCAGUCAGGGGGGGUUCGGUCUUGGGGGGUUCAGUCAGGGGGGUUCCUUUCUAAGGGGUUGGGGGGUUCAGUCAGGGGGGUUCAGUCAGGGGGGUUCAGUCAUGGGGGGGUUCAGUCUCCUAACGGUCACAUUGCCGCUAUUGAACAAUUGAAAGAAGCGUAUUCCAAACAAAUGAUUUGCUCUGUCCGAAAUGAAAUAUUAAGCAGUCUAUUCUCAAAUACUCAAAAUCUUCUUUUCCAUCUCUAGAUCUGUCCUCGAACCCUCUCCAUCGACGACGUCAUGAAAUUAGUGGAUACAGAAGAAGGUGACAUCCUCCUUCUCACCGAAUUAACUCGAGAUCAAUCUACCCUCAGCGAGAUCAGCGAGGCCGUCAGAAGUGAUAUAACCGAGUCCUCUCAACAAGUAGUCGUCUCCAAAUCCUUUGAGAACACUUUUAAUCAGCCUCUCGAACCUCCAAUUAUCAUCGCCAAUCCUCGACAUUCCAAUAAGUCCAAGCUCACGAACUGCCCCUCAACCACGCCCAUUCUGCCGGAGAAUCUGGACAUCGAGGCGUUGGAGGAGAUGGAAGAUCGGCUUCUUUUGAGCAGAGCGGCUUCAUUCGAUGCCAAUCCAUCGGUCCAUUUCAGAUCAAGGUAUUACGACGUAAUUCAUCUCUAAAUUUAAAACUUCAGAUUAAGUUUAAUACUAGAGCAGCAAAGUGUGAUAGAUGACGAGGGCAGUAGUCCUUUGGAUAUGUCCAGAUCCAGUUCUAAAUCCACUUCCAUCAGUUCAAAUGCCGAGGAAUUCUCGAACAAACAGAAGAAUCAUCGAAAUUCGAUAUUCACCCAGAGGAGAUCGAGUAAUAAUAAGAGGUUAAUGGGACCCUCUGCCAAAUAUAGAAGUCGUCAGUAA